GCAUUGUCACUUUAACCCUGGUACAAGUAUAAAUAUCGGCUUUCGACAGGGUUCAGAUCAUCACAUCCAGCUCCAUUGCUCUCUGACGCUUCCUACAACCCACGGUUCUGUGCCAGCAGCAGCACAUACACUUUCUAAGAUGACGUCUCUACACCAAGCCAGGUCCCCUAGGUUCGCAGCCCUGAUCAUACUCAUCUUGGCGCUCGGUGCGCUGUCCUUCUUCGCUGCUCCUGCAGACGCUUGCGCUUGCACCAGUGGCAGAAUGAAAUCAUCAGCCCCAUGCUGGUACGGUGGCCCAGGAUCAGGAUCCCACGUAACAGUGCCACCAGGAGGCAUCUAUUCCAUCGGCUGCCAAGCCGUGGGCAGAAGUGUGGGUGGCAACAACUACUGGAACAGAAUCCAUUAUAACGGACAAUGGUGCUACAUAAACGACUACUACAUGACCACCGGGUGCCCGACCAAGUGCAGCAACCUUGGUUGCUGCAACGGUUACAGUUGUUAGCCGGGGAAUCUGAGCAAUGAUACCCACCGCAGCGCCUGAAACGUCGCUGCCCUUCAGUUCAAAAAUCUUUGACUGCUCUUCGGGAUGAUAUAAAUAAAUGAUGUUUGUACAGCUGAAUUCUCGCGAUGUGCUAGUGCAUGCUAGUGAAGUCGUUUAACAAUAAUCUGAGGUCCGAGUGAGUUUCUCCAGUUGGGGUGCUCGCGUUGCCUGGUCUAUCGAUCUAGGCACGGCGUUGUCGAUCGGCGUCGGCCGACAGCGUAGCGGACUUCGCUGUUUCUAGUCUGUGUGUUUUCAAUCGCCGGGUAGCUGCUUUAGUGGUUCUAAAGCCCAGAUCCAGGCAUGGUCUGGUAACUGUGAGGGCGUUUGAGUUUUAAUAAAUUAAAAUCCGGUCCAGAAUAUUUUAAAUAAACCAAUUAUUUAAUUCGCUA